AUGAUCGCUAGCAUCUUGAGCACCGGACAGCACACUGUUCCCUCGCGGUUGUUGACGCUCUACUUGGCGAGGAAAGGGGAAACCACGUGGAUGACGGACGAUGAAAAGCUGGAUGAUAUUUUGCGAGGAGACAUCAAUAAGCAAAAAAUGAAAAUGCGUCCAUCCUGGAAGCUUGACAAAAUGGAGUUGUUUGGGCCGAGUUUCACACCCGGAGACGAGGAGAUUCACGUGCUGGUGGCACUUCCUUCUGAUCAGACCGGGGUGACGAUGGUUGAACGAGGCUGGACAGCCAAGUGGGUGAACGAGUUCCGCAAGAAUCAGCUCGCACCACAUCAGCUGCCUCGUUUGGGUGAGCUAGGAGAUUUCAUUGAAAACGAACUACCGGAAAAAAUCACGUUGCAUCAAGAGAUUUAUGACACCUGGCUCGCCAAGAUGACCUCCGAAUCUCCUGAGAUAAUGGCGAAGUUGUUUAAAAUUGACAACUUGAAGCAGUGUGUGAACUUCCUGUUCCGGAUUGGAAGCCGAAUUGUGUAUGCUACGGAUCCUGGUGACAGUGUGGAGUCGUUCAUCUCGUUUUGGGACGAUUUGAUUCGCAAUGUUUUGAACUUCGUGCUGCACGACAUCGGUAAGAGCGACCGGAAUUCAAUACGAUCAGCAUCAACAGGAUCAAAUUGGCCAGAUUUUCUUUUCAUUGUCAAUUCGGUGUGCGUGUUUCGAGGUAUGGAGGAGGCCCCUGGAGAGCAGAUGGAGACACCUCGACGCGAGUUAUUUGAGAAGCUUGUUUGGAGCUACGGUGACGCACCGUAUUUGUUCGGAUACGCUGCCGUUGGCUAUGAAGCCAGAUUGUAUGCUAUGACUCUUGUGCACGAUGACGUGGACGCAAUUGAGUUGGGAGUAUAUGAUCUAAAACAUUUGGAAGGACGAUUUCGUUUGCUGCUGGCAAUUCUGAACGUCGCACGAUUGUUACGGAGCCUUGCCAGUCUGUUUCGUGAUCUUGGAGUCAGAGUAUUACUCGAACCAUCAUGUGUUGUCAAGUGUUUUCCAGGAGCGCUAUCUCACCGAGCAAAGGACCAUGUUGAAGCGGUCUAUAAGGUGUUGGAAGAGCACGCGAUACCGAACGUCGAUCGUCUGGACCAUGCAGACCAGCGAUUGAUAUACAAACCACGUGGCCAAGAAAAAAGACCAGCAAAUUUUGUGGAAUUAUUUCACGCGCUCGCAAAUGUGUUGCAAGCAUUGGUUAAAUUGCAUGCUGCUUCGUGGAUGCAUCGAGAUAUUCGAUGGUCGAAUGUUAUUAAGAGUCGCGAUGUCGAUAAUAUGUGGUUCCUGAUAGAUUUCAUGGACGCCGCGCGAAGCCCACAGGCUUCACCGAGCGGCAACCACCUGAGUCAAGCCGAACACGCCCCCGAGAUCUUCAGCGAUGGUAAUCACACCACUGCUGUGGACAUAUGGUCUGUUGGGCGGUUGAUCCAAACUUGCGGAGAUGUUGUGUAUGGGAGCUGGUAUGACACAGGAAGAGAGAGGACAGAAUUUUUGGAGCUGCUAAUGGAGGACGAUCAGUCUAGAAGAUCCACUGCAGUGGCCGCACUCGAUCGUCUUCGCCAGCUUGAGCAAGAACACUUGAAACGGCAAAAACACAAUGGACGAAAGAAAAAGCAGAGGCUGAACUAG